AUGAGUUCUGCCGGUUACUACGAACAGAGGACUCCGGCACCGAGUUCUGAGAACCAAAUAUUGACCAUGAAAAUGAAGACUGAGGAAGAUCAGAAAAGUGCCGGAUCUGGCGAGCCCAGGAAGGGGAGAAUGACCAUUGUGCUUGGACUCGUGACCUUUAUCGCCGCCUUUGGGUCGUCGUUCCAAUAUGGGUACAACGUCUCCGUGAUCAACUCUCCAGCUCCGUUCAUGCAAGAUUUUUACAAUGAAACCUACUUCCAACGCAAUGGGGAGUACAUGAGUGAGGACUUGAAGACAGCCCUGUGGUCUCUCACGGUGUCCUUUUUCCCCCUCGGAGGCUUCUUCGGGUCCCUUAUGGUGGGCCCCAUGGUGAACACCUGCGGCAGGAAGGGCACUUUACUGAUAAACAACGUCUUCUCCAUCAUCCCUGCCAUCCUCAUGGGAAUCUCCGCGGUGGCGAAGACCUUUGAGGUGAUCAUAGUUUGUCGCAUCGUCAUCGGGAUAUGUGCUGGCCUGUCUUCCAACGUGGUCCCCAUGUAUCUCGGGGAGCUGGCCCCCAAAAACCUCAGGGGGGCUGUGGGGAUUGUGCCUCAGCUCUUCAUCACCGUGGGGAUCCUGGCAGCUCAGAUUUUGGGGAUGCGGAUGAUCUUGGGUAGCUCGGAAGGCUGGCCCAUCAUGAUGGGGCUCACUGGGGUCCCAGCAGCGUUGCAGCUGAUGUUUCUGCCCUUCUUCCCCGAGAGUCCCCGGUACCUGCUGAUCCAGAAGGGGGACGAAAAGAAAGCCAAAGCAGCUCUAAAGAGGCUGAGAGGCAGCGACGACGUGGAGGACGAGAUGGAAGAGAUGAGGAAGGAAGACCAAGCGGAGAAGGCCGAAGGGAAGAUGUCCAUCGUCGCCCUUUUCACCUGCCGGGCCCUUCGGUGGCAACUCAUCUCCAUCAUCGUUAUGAUGGCGGGCCAGCAGCUCUCCGGGGUUAACGGGGUGUACUACUAUGCUGACAAAAUCUAUGAGAACGCCGGAGUGAAGAAAGACGAUGUGCAGUUUGUCACUGUGGGAACGGGCGCCGUGAAUGUGGUCAUGACUCUGCUAGCGGUUUUCAUCGUGGAGGCCCUGGGGCGGAGGAUCCUGCUUCUGGUCGGUUUUGGGGGCUGCUGUGUGGCUCUUGUAGUGUUAACUGUGGCUCUGAAUCUCAAGGAUACAAUCGACUGGAUGCCUUACCUCAGCAUAGCCUGCGUCAUCUCCUACGUUGUUGGCCACGCCAUUGGAGCAAGCGCCAUUCCAAGCGUGAUGAUCAUAGAGAUGUUCCUACAGUCCUCCCGUUCUGCCGCAUUCAUGGUGGGAGGGUCUGUUCACUGGCUCUGCAAUUUCACAGUUGGGCUGGUCUUCAGUUACAUGGAGAAGGGUCUGGGGCCCUACUGCUUCCUGAUAUUCUGCGGCGUUUGCUUGGUCACGUUCAUUUUCAUCUUCAUCAUUGUCCCUGAGACCAAGAACAAAACCUUCAUGGAAAUCAACCAGCUCAUGGCCAAGAGGAACGGCAUUGAGCUGCAGGCCGACAAAGACGAACUGCGGGAUUUCACAGCUGCUUCUGUGCCUUACACCUGGAAGAACGAGGCAGAAAGGAACAGCGCCCUUUAA